AUGGCAUGGGUUAUUGAAUAUUAUGCUUUUGCUGUAGGUGUAGCUCCUGGAGCUGCAGAAGAUGAGACUGAACUGCCAGUGCUGCAGAAAUCUGAAAAAAGUGGAACAAUUAGUAAAAUAGGCAGAGAAUUAAAAGAAAUUGUAUUUAUCAUCCAGAGUCAAAGUAAUUAUUUUCAUUCCAAGAAAGCAGAAGAUCUAAAAAGAGAUAUUUUAAAACAGGCUGCAGAUCUUGGAAAGGAAUUACCAGUGGUUCUGCUUAUUCAUCAGAUGGAAGGGCAUGAAGGUGCAUGGACAAUAUUACCAUUAAUGAGAGACUUCUCUGUUACCUAUGGUAGGAACUCCACCUGGAUUUUCUUCUGUGAAGAAGAUACAAGAAUACAAGUUGUAAAGCUGCUAGAAACACUUGGAAGAUUUGACGGUUCUAAGGAGUGGUUUUUAGGUAAAGCAUUAUAUGAUGAAGAAUCUACAAUAAUUCACCAUUAUGCCUUUGCUGAGAAUCCUACAGUCUUUAAAUUUCCAGAUUUUGCUGCUGGUUGGGCACUUAGCAUUCCACUUGUUAACAAGCUUGCAAAGAAGUUGAAAAGUGAACCACUCAAGUCAGACUUUACAAUAGAUUUAAAGCAUGAGAUUGCCCUGUAUAUUUGGCAGAAAGGGGAAGGACCCCAUCUUACUCCAGUGCCUGAGUUCUGCACAGAUGAUGUGAGCUCCUAUAAGGUUGAUCAUUGUGCAACAACAUUCAGUAAUUUUCUGCCACUUUGUGGAGAGCCAGUGAAAAAGGAAGAUGUCUUUGUUGCUGUAAAAACAUGUCAGAAAUUUCAUGGAGACAGAAUACCAGUGGUAAAGCAGACUUGGGAAAGGGAAGCUGCCCUUAUUGAAUACUACAGUGAUUAUGCAGACAACUCCAUUCCUACUAUAGAUUUAGGCAUACCUAAUACUGACAGAGGUCACUGUGGGAAAACUUUUGCCAUUUUGGAAAGGUUUUUGAAUUAUAGCUCUCCCAGGACUCCUUGGCUAGUCAUAGUGGAUGAUGACACACUGAUAAGUAUCUUCAGGCUCCGAAAAUUGCUGAGCUGCUACGACCCAAAUGAACCAGUGUUUCUUGGAGAGCGUUACGGUUACGGCUUGGGAACAGGAGGAUAUAGUUAUAUCACUGGUGGUGGAGGGAUGGUUUUCAGCAGAGUAGCUGUUGAGAAACUACUUGCUAGUAAAUGCCGGUGUUACAGCAUGGAUGCCCCUGAUGAUAUGGUGCUUGGGAUGUGCUUCAGUGGCUUAGGAAUCCCAAUAACACACAGUCCACUUUUCCAUCAGGCACGGCCAAUGGACUACCCAAAAGACUACCUUUCUCACCAAAUUCCAAUAUCAUUCCACAAGCAUUGGAAUAUUGAUCCAGUGAAGGUGUAUUUCACAUGGCUGGCACCAAACACAGAAGAGUCAUUUAAUGGAAAGAAAGUUGGAUAUAACAGGGAGGAUUUAUAAACAGCAGAAGACCAGAAGUGUUGAUGAAUGUAUCUCAGAAGAGAGACAGUCACUACUGUGAUUUUUGUUCGGUUCUCACUUUGUUCAUCUGUU